CUAACCAUUCACCAUCUUAAUCCUGUACUGUCUGUAUAUACAAACUCGUUCAAUUCAAGUGAUGUCCUUGAGAAUAUCUUCUCCUGAUUCAGUAUUCAGUAUCAUAGUCCGGCCUUAUAUCAUACCAUUGUACAACUCAACAAUCUGAUAUCCCUCCCAUAUCGAAUAUCAUAUCGAGAACCCGAGGAUCGAGGCCUCAUUCAAAUCAACCUUAUCAGCGCGAUUAAAAAACACGCAAUUGCCGCCCGCGACCCCAGCCUACCGAUUUCUACAAAGAAAGAAAAAAAAGCCAUCAGAUGUCAUCGUAAAACUCAAUGAGGUGACCAAUCUUCCACGAAGAGCUUUGGUAUCGCGCCUGGAGAAUAUCUUUCGAGUGAUUGUCAGUAUUGUUCUACGAUGCUCCUUGUCCGUAGACUGUCAAGGCGGCAGGAUGGCCUGUCUACCAAUGGAACUUCAUCCACAACAUCGUCUCUAGAUCAUUCUGCCACUUCCACUGCCAAUUCUUCUACGGAUCCGUCAUCGCAACAACCUUCAUCUGACUCUGAUACCAAGCCAGCAUACCUUAUUGUAUGUGUCCUGGCAUUUGUUACUUGUAAUAAUGUGCGAUUUCAAAGUUUACUUCUAACAGUCAUCUAUGUAGGCAAUCAUAAGUACAAUAGUCGGACUUUUAGUAUUAUUAUUUGCAAUUUACAUGAUCCGUCGAACUCGGAUUAAGCACAAAAAUCCCAAAUACAUACCCACAGUAUUCUUGAAAAAGGCAUGGGAGAAUUGGGAUCCACAAACUCAUCAAUAUCAAUUGCCAGACCAGAACGAUCCUCACGAAUAUACAGGAGCAGCCGGCGUUGGGAGAAGUUUAUCCAAUCGCCCGCCUUCAUCGUUUAAUAAUGCUGCCCGAACUGCUGACGGAAAUGUCGCCGACAAUAACGCUGGAGGAGUUGAUAGAAAUGCUUCGAUUCGCUCGGUAAUGACUUUGCCAGCUUAUAAUAUGACACCGGGACAAAAUGAGCAGGUGUUAGGGAGAGAAGGGGAUCGAGGAGGCAUUGAUGUCGUUGUAGCAUUUCCGGAAACUAUUGAUGAAGAAGAGUCACAGCGCGAGGCAGAGAUGGAGGCAUUGUACCAGGUCCGACUCGCGAGACGACGCGAAAACGAAGAACGGGAAGAGAGGAGAAGAUUAAGGAGGGAGGCUAGGGAACGAGGCGAUCAUGUUGCGCUAAGAGAACUUCAAUCUCGACCUGCGAAUACUACUACCGGGCCAACUGUCGAUGAACUGAGGGCGGAACAUGAUAGGAUCAAGAAAGAACGCCAACGAGCAGUUUCGUCGGUUGCGUAUGGCGAUUUGGGAGUUGCCAGGCAUGAUGGUACACGAUUACGCGCGAAUAGUGAGGAGAGAUUACGCGCCAAUAGUGAGGAGAGUGAACGACAAGGAUUACUUCACGAUGCAGCAAGCAUGGCUGCGAGCAGCAGAUAUCAUCGAAGAGAUCGAAGCGCAAGUUCAGUAGUAAGUAUUGACACGGUAAACUCGGAUCUACCUUCUCCUCCUGGAUUUGUAAGAUCUCGAACAGAUUCCCGAGGAGAAAGUCCACUUCGCCGUUCUAGUGGCCCUGAGGACAUGAAUGGCAAUCAUGAAGAUAGGGCUGGUAGUAGCCCGGAGAUGAUAGAUCAUGACGAUAUUCCCUUGAGUAGCCCGCCAGGAUAUGAAAAUGUAUCGUUAGAUUCACCACAAGCAGAAGCAUCAGCGCUACCACAUCACAUGACGGAGCCUCCUCCUGAUUAUACUAGUCCGAUAUAUGGUAGAGGGGAAGGACCAAGUUUGGAGAGCGCGAGAUCAAGAAGAUCACAAAACAUGGAUGAGCUAAUUACGGAAAGAAGGACAAGCACCCGCAGUACAAAUUCAGGUCUUUCCCCUCGAGAUGAGAGACGGUCAUCUACAAGAUCAACUCGAGGAGUUGGUGGCAUCCCGCAAUUACCUAGUCUACGAUUAGGAACUUUGCCCUCAAUUCACGUCGAUCCGGGAAGUCCGAUGGCAAUGGAAAGUACAGAGGAAGAAGUUCACAGCCCGCACAACCAAAACCACACUGGUUAGGCUUUAUAUAUAAGAGGGGAGACGAAUUUUUUGAUACGAGUAAUGAAUCUUGAAUAAUCACAUACCUACAAAUAUUAGGUUGAACCUUGGAAUUUUCCGCACACAUACAAUCUUUUUUGAUGCACAACAUACCUUUUCGCAUGCAAGCAAUCUCUACUUUCUAUACCCACUUUCUUUCGUAAUAAUUAUUACACACAUAUUUUUGAAUUUGAGCAUGGCGCUAUUGAAGGAAGGGUAGUUGGAGCCGAGUAUCUGUUUCCUAAUAGUUUUGUUUACUUUCAGCUUAAGUCUUUGUUUGGAUACCUAGGUACCUAGGUGUUGAGCGCGAUUUAAUGCAAAUCCUACCUACCUACUUAUUGUAUAUAAAAACAAGCAAAUAAGGUUAACAAGCGAGUCGGAUAUCGGAUGAAAUGGGCGGAGUAAUUUUGUUGGAGUGGAGGAGUUUAAGUUGUCUUGCUUUGGAUUGGAGUUUUCCGGAGAUUGGAUUGGAUUGCAUUGCAUCGCAUAGGAUAGGAUCGGAUAGGGUUGGAUGAGAGCAGAGAUGAAAGAGUUUGGUCUUAUUACAGUACAGACUCUUUUUUAUACUUGGGUGUUAUUACCGGUGGAUGUGCUGAGUUACUUGUUUGUUUGG